AUGGAAAAGCAAUGCCCCGUGUGCUACUACAACUUGCCGGACCCAGAAUCAGCCAUCGCCCCGUACGACACCGAACUGAAUUAUUUCAUGUGGGGACCAGGUUUCGAAUGGCAACCAGAACCAGAGGUUAAAAAUAUAUUAGUGGAGGAGGAAAAUUAUGAAGAGUCUGAACAAUCUGAAGAAUCAGUUGCAGGGUUAGAAGAGUUAGAUGAGAAGGUAGAUCGAAAUGAAGCCAAAACUAUGUUCAACGAUAAGAGUAGCAAUGGAAAAGUAACCAUAGAAGAUGCCUCAAACAAUGCAAGGAAAUUGGGUCUAGCUCCAUCAAGCUUGGACGAGAAGAAAGUUAGAGAUUUGUAUGGAGACAGUUUAACCUACGAGCAGUAUUUAGAAUAUCUAACCAUGUGUGUGCAUGAUAGAGACAACAUGGAAGAGCUCAUUAAGAUGUUUUCACACUUUGACAAUAACGCCUCUGGAUUCUUGACCAAGCACCAAAUGAGGAAUAUUUUAACAACUUGGGGUGAUGCCUUGACCGAGCAGGAGGCCAACGAUGCGCUCAACGCGUUUUCUUCGGAGGACCCAAUCGAUUACAAGUUGUUCUGUGAGGAUAUUUUGCAGUAG